CUCUGCUGCUCGCGGGGCGAGCUCGGUAACUCGUACCGCGCCGCAACACAAGAGGUUCACUCCGGCGGUCAUCUGUAUUGGCUGUGAGAAAAAAGAGAGAGAGAGAAAAAAUGCAUUACUCCUGUGCGCCGGUUGGCUCUCUCGCGGGGGAGGAGGGCAAUAAGAGAACAAACGCACAAGCAAAAGAUGCCAUAUAGCGGUGUGUGUAUAUAUAUAUAUAUAUAUAUAUUCGUGCGCGAAACGCGUUCGUCGUGACUACGCUCAAGAAUAUUCGCAUAUAUAUAAUAAAAUAUAUAUGUGCGAGCAGUAUUUCUCUGUAUAAUUGGACCAAGCGAGUGGGGAUGAAACCUGAAUGGUCCAUAGAGUCCGCGCACGAGCAGGUAAAACGGGGUGAAGCUGUUUAGCGAGAGGCAAACGGGUAAAGGGACAAGGGACGGUGGUGGUGGUGGUGGUGGCAUCGAGCUACUAUAACGCUUCUCGCCGCGCGCAAACGCAACGUCUCACGGUCUGCUCGGAAGAACGUACGACGAGAGUUACGAUAUAAGACGACAAGGGGUAACGGGAGGGGGUAAAAGAUGGAAAAAUGGCCGCGAGAAAGUAUCGAGAGCGGUAGCGAGAAUACCGCCGCGCACGUUCAUCGUCGUCCAACUCCAAGUGUUCCUUUUGUUUUUUUAUUCAAUACACGAACGUGUAGUAUAUUUAUUUUUUUUUCCUUCUCUCGCGACUCGUGAAUAUAUCGAACAAGCGCAGAGGGGUAAGAAAUCUCCCCCGGCGUUAUUCUAUAUACCCUCUGUGCGCGCAUCGCGCAUAUCGUGCUCGUGCAACUCGAGUGAGCGCGGCGGGUGAACUUUUCGCUUUUCGAGGAGAGCUUAUAUAUAAUCGCGGCACGUACAAUUUUUCGCGGGAUGGUGCAUCUACUAUAUACUACAUUAAAAUAACCAAGAAAAAUUAUAUAUACUCGAUUAUGGCCAAGUAUAACAACGGGACUUUGACAAGCGCAUAGCAACCGAGUCAUGGAAAUCAAGCCACAUAACGUCAUCGUUUACGUUGCUCGCGAACAUCGCACACCAUUGGAAAUCUUGCUCUAAUCGGUCACACCGAUUAUUCCACUGUAUGUAUUCGGUUAUAGCCGAUCUAUGAUAUAUACCCAUUUUUACAUCCAAAACACACGUUCGUCGUUCAGAUUUUUCGUGAAAAACUGCGUUUUUCUGCGCUCCAAUAUCUGCGCCCGUUGAAAUAUCGCCUACGAAAAAACGUGUGUAAUCCUGCGGGCGUGUUUGUGAUUGUGCGAUUGUACUUGGCUGCCGAAAAAAUUCCGUCGACGCGGAAGGAUGGCCGGUGACGGUACGACCGGUACGACGAACAAUGAGAUCGCUAAAGGAAAGGGAAAGAGUUACGAUUGUGUCGAUGGUGGCGCCCCUCAAAGCAACGUCUGUAACGACGACGACGACGACGACGACGGCGGCGGCGGCGGCGGCGGCGGCGGCGACGGCGGCGGCGACGGCGACGGCGACGGCGACGGCGACGGGGAUUGGGAUGGUGUGUCAACUCGAAGGGAAAGACAUUCCAGAGUGGGCGGCAUUGUGGAAUGCGAUCCCCCCGGUAACAGGAAUUCAACGAGGGACCGAGCGACCCUGAUCAACCAAGUUUUGUGCCGCUAUGGUGCGGCAACCAACAGCGGCGUUAUGUCUUUCGUCAAAGUUUGCCAGAUUCGGCUACAAAAUUUGUUUCCUCAGCUUGCCUCACCUCCGAGGUAUGGAAUAUGCGAAGAUUCGAUCGAGGUGAUGGCCGAAUGUCUAGCCAAUGACGUCAUAAGAUAUCUCCUCAAGGAGGACAUGUAUCUAAUAUCAAGAGAUCCUAUAUCGCGCAGUAUGAGGCAUAACGUUUACCAGAUGUUGAACAAACAUAGUAUACUUUUUACAAGUAUGGUAAAUCGUCUCAACGUCGUACCGGACACAGCUUACGAGGCUUUCAUGGGUGUAGCGGACGAAUUAUUUGUUCAUGGCGGCGUGACAUGGGCAAGAAUUGUUUGCCUCUACGCUUUCAUGGGCCGUCUUGCUUUGUGGGCGAGGGACAGGAGAAUGCACGCUUUGAAAAAAAAAUUGCCUCUCUAUGUUUCAAGAUACAUCGGGGAAGAAAUUGCUCAUGUUAUCAAAGGCUACGGCGGCUGGGAACAACUAUGCAUAGAAUAUCCAGUAGCGGAAGAAGUGAGCGGUGCGGUAUGGCGGAGUCUACUCAUGACUGGUGCGACUCUCGGUCUGGUCGCCACAAUUCUGACCGUAACGUCCUGAACAUUAGACUUGUAACAAGCUCCGAGUGUUGAAUUUUAUUUGAUAAAGAUGAAAAUUUAUCGCGUACUUACAUCCUGUGAUCGUAUUAUGUUUAUGAGGAAUAAGAAGCACGACGAUUCCCAACAUUUUUCGGAUGACCGAAAUACGAUUAGAGUAUUUGAAGAAAUUUAAAAGUCGUACCUCAAAGCCGUCUGUUAAUCUCGAGCAUCAAUGAAUUCUCAAAAGAAUAUCGUCAGCUGAUCGCGAUACUCCCCGCAAGGAGAUGUAACGAUGCAGCUGUCCCUCGAUUUUGUAAUAUUUUUACACGCAAAGUAUUUAAUGGAUAGAGAAAAAAAAUUUUUUAACGAGAAUAUUUAUAUUAAAAAACCAAGUCCUUCAACAUUCAAAAAUGAGGGAAUUUUUUUUAAUGAAUUUUACAACCGUCGAUACUCAAUUUAAAGAUUUCGAGCGCCAAUGGAGAAUCUCAAAAUUAUAUCGAAUUUAGGUAGAAGCAAACUAUUUGUAUUUAUUUGUAAUUUAUUCUAGGUAGAAAACAUAUUUAAAUAAUUAAUUAUUCGAGUUGCGAUGCUUGUCCGACCACAAAAGUCAAUGUAACGACGAUUUUUCCUUUUUUGCAUUUCAUCGAAUAAAUAUUGAUCAAUAUUGUGUAACGUAAUAAUUUAAAGGAGAAAAGACACUUGUGUCAACAAUUUUUAACGAAUACGUGGCAAAUAAUAAAAGCAACAAACGAUAUGAUGAA